AUGAGCAGCGCGGCGCCGUCCAGGAAGCCGUACCGCAAAGCUCCGCCGCAGCAUCGCGAAGCUCGUCACGGGCUUACGGCCGCGCCGCCUCAGACGCAACGGACGGACGACGGUCAGGCCUCUUUGUCCGAAUCAGAGCGGAUCAGAAUCUUGGAGCAGCAGAAAGAGGAUCUGCGCCGGCGCUUGUCACUCUCUGUUCGCAAGAUGGAGGCCAUGGAGGCGGAGUUUGACGGCAGCCGCCAUUACAUGGAGGCGGAGCUGAGCCGUACCAGAGAUGACCUGGACAAGAUGAGGGACAAGUUUCGCAGACUACAGAACAGCUACACUGCGUCUCAGAGGGCCAAUCAGGACUUGGAGGAGAAGCUUCAUGCACUGCUGCGGACUGUAGAGCGGGACAAGAAGACCAUGGACCGGGAGAUGGUGGAGCUUACCAACAAGCUGCUGGAGGCCAAGAACACCAUCGACCGCCUGGAGGAGCUUAAUGAACGUUACCGCCUGGACUGCAACCUGGCCGUGCAGCUGCUCAAAUGUAACAAGUCACACUUCAGGAACCACAAGUUUGCCGACCUGCCGUGCGAACUUCAGGACAUGUUGAAGAAACAAAUGAAGAGCAACAGCCUGGCCUGGCCAGGCCCCGCCCCCUGCGGCCAGGACCCCGACACGCUGAGCCUGACGCCCUCCGACGCCGUGCCCACCUCCGUCAUCGCCCGCGUCCUGGAGAAACCCGAGCCGCUGCUCCUCAACUCUGCGCGCUCUGGUAGUCGUGGCGGCCGCCCGCCCGGCGAGGACGUCUUUGUGCACGUAGACAUGACUGCAGCAGGCGGUGAGGACGCGCCGCCGCUGCCGCCGCCGCUAGAGAACCCCUGUGGCGAGACGGGCGAGGAAGCGGCCUCUUUCGACAAGCUGGACCCGUACCCGGUGCCGCCGCCGCCCAACCCGCUGUGCCCGGGACGAAAGGUGAUAGAGUUUUCCUCGGACGACAAAGUCAAGAUCCCCAAGAACGGCCCGCUGCCCAACUGCACCUAUGCCACGCGGCAGGCCAUCUCGCUGGGCCUUCGCGGCGACCCUAAACCCGCACCCACUCGCCCCGCCGAAGUUGACGCGCCCUCAGGCCAGUCCAGCCCCUUCAGCAGCCCGCCGCAGGGACCCAGCGCUGGGGCCAGCUCUGCCAGUUCCUCUGAGGACCUGCUGGCCAACUGGCAGCGGACGUCUGCGGGGGACGUGGCGGCCUACUCCGACGACGACGAAGAGGAGGGCUCUGCCUCCGGCCCGGACGUCUCCGAGCUCCGGCCGAACGGCGAGGAGGACAGCUUGGUCCGAGACUCACCGGCCGCCGUUCCGCCCCGCCUCUUGGACUUUGACCCUGCCUUCGCUGCCGCUGCGCUGCCGCGACCUCACAGGAGCCCCAAGCGGAUGGGGGUGCACCACCUACACAGACAGCAACAAUAA